AUGUCGCGCCGCAAGCAAGGCAAACCCCAGCACUUAAGCAAACGGGAAUUUUCACCCGAACCUCUUGAAGCCAUUCUCACUGAUGACGAACCUGAACAUGGCACAUUGGGAGCUCCGGAAGGGGACCACGACCUCCUCACUUGUGGCCAGUGUCAGAUGAACUUCCCGUUGGGGGACAUUCUUAUUUUUAUUGAGCACAAACGGAAACAAUGCAAUGGCAGUCUCUGCUUAGAGAAGGCUGUGGAUAAGCCACCUUCACCCUCACCAAGUGAGCUGAAAAAAGCAUCCAAUCCUGUGGAGGUUGGCAUCCAGGUUACGCCAGAGGAUGACGAUUGUUUAUCAACGUCAUCUAGAGGAAUUUGCCCUAAACAGGAACAUAUAGCAGGUAAAGACGAGCCCAGCAGCUACACGUGUACGACUUGUAAACAGCCUUUCAACAGCGCCUGGUUCCUCUUGCAGCACGCACAGAACACGCACGGCUUACGGAUCUACCUAGAAAGCGAGCACGGCAGCCCCCUGACGCCACGGGUUGGUAUCCCAACAGGACUAGGUGCAGAGUGCCCUUCCCAGCCACCUCUCCACGGGAUUCACAUUGCAGACAAUAACCCUUUUAACCUGCUCAGAAUACCCGGCUCGGUCUCGAGGGAGGCGUCGGGGCUGGGAGAAGGGCGUUUCCCACCCACGCCGCCCCUCUUUAGCCCUCCCCCGAGGCACCAUUUGGAUCCGCAUCGCAUUGAGCGCCUGGGUGCGGAAGAAAUGGCUCUGGCCACCCAUCACCCUAGUGCCUUUGACAGGGUGCUGCGACUGAACCCCAUGGCGAUGGAGCCCCCCGCUAUGGAUUUCUCCCGGAGGCUGCGGGAGCUGGCCGGCAACACCUCCAGCCCGCCCUUGUCCCCGAGCCGGCCCAGCCCUAUGCAAAGGUUGCUGCAGCCCUUCCAGCCCGGCAGCAAGCCCCCGUUCCUGGCCACGCCGCCCCUUCCUCCUCUGCAGUCCGCUCCUCCUCCCUCCCAGCCGCCCAUGAAGUCCAAGUCCUGCGAGUUCUGCGGGAAGACCUUCAAGUUUCAGAGCAACCUGGUGGUCCACCGCCGGAGCCACACCGGGGAGAAGCCCUACAAGUGCAACCUCUGCGACCACGCCUGCACGCAGGCCAGCAAGCUGAAGCGCCACAUGAAGACCCACAUGCACAAGUCCUCCCCCAUGACGGUCAAGUCGGACGACGGGCUUUCCACCGCCAGCUCCCCCGAGCCGGGCACCAGCGACCUGGUGGGCAGCGCCAGCAGCGCCCUCAAGUCCGUGGUGGCCAAGUUCAAGAGCGAGAAUGACCCCAACAUGAUCCCCGAGAACGGGGAUGAGGAAGAGGAGGAAGAGGAGGAGGAGGAGGAGGAGGAGGAGGAGGAAGAGGAGGAGGACUUGAACGAGAGCGACAGGCCGGACUACGGCUUUGGGAUGAGCCUGGAGGCAGCCCGCCACCACGAGAACAACUCGCGGGCCGGCGAGGAGGGCCGGUCGAUGCCGGACGUCAUGCAGGGCAUGGUCCUGAGCUCCAUGCAGCACUUCAGCGAGGCCUUCCACCAGGUCCUGGGGGAGAAACACAAGCGGGGCCACCUCCCCGAGCCCGAGGUGCACAGGGACACUUGCGACGAAGACUCGGUGGCCGGCGAGUCCGACCGCAUCGACGAGGGGGCGGUGAACGGCCGGGGCUGCUCCCCGGGGGAGUCCGCCUCGGGAGGCCUGUCCAAAAAGCUGCUGCUGGGUAGCCCCAGCUCCCUGAGCCCCUUCUCCAAACGCAUCAAGCUGGAGAAGGAGUUCGACCUGCCGGCCGCCGCCAUGCCCAACACCGAGAACGUUUACUCCCAGUGGCUGGCGGGCUACGCCGCCUCCCGGCAGCUGAAGGACCCCUUCCUCAGCUUCGGCGACUCCCGACAAUCGCCCUUCGCCUCCUCCUCCGAGCACUCCUCGGAGAACGGCAGCCUGCGCUUCUCCACGCCGCCGGGCGAGCUGGACGGAGGGAUCUCAGGCCGCAGCGGCACGGGAAGCGGAGGGAGCACCCCCCAUAUUAGUGGCCCGGGCCCUGGCAGGCCCAGCUCAAAAGAGGGCAGACGCAGCGACACUUGUGAGUACUGUGGGAAGGUCUUCAAGAACUGUAGUAAUCUCACCGUCCACAGACGGAGCCACACGGGCGAGAGGCCGUAUAAGUGUGAGCUUUGCAACUACGCCUGCGCCCAGAGUAGCAAGCUCACCCGGCACAUGAAAACACACGGGCAGGUGGGAAAGGACGUUUACAAAUGCGAGAUUUGUAAGAUGCCUUUUAGCGUGUACAGUACCCUGGAGAAACACAUGAAAAAAUGGCACAGUGAUCGAGUCUUGAAUAACGAGAUAAAAACUGAAUAG